AUUAAUACUAUAGGAAGAGAGAUUUAAAAAGAGAGAACGAAAUGGGCUCCUGGGUUCAACUUCUGCUUCUUGUAGCAUGCAUUUUUCCAGCUCUGGUUGAAUGCAGAGUUCGCCACUACAAGUUCAAUGUAGUGAUGAAAAACUCAACCAAACUAUGUUCGACAAAGCCCAUUGUCACUGUUAAUGGGAGGUUCCCAGGACCCACUCUUUAUGCCAGGGAAGAUGAUACUGUGCUCGUCAAGGUCGUCAACCAUGUCAAAUAUAAUGUUUCUAUCCACUGGCAUGGUAUCCGACAACUGAGAACCGGCUGGGCUGAUGGACCAGCAUAUAUCACACAGUGUCCAAUUCAGCCUGGGCAUACCUACAUAUACAAUUUCACAAUUACAGGCCAACGAGGCACGCUUCUCUGGCAUGCAUAUAUUCUCUGGCUGAGGUCCACUGUCCAUGGUGCCAUUGUUAUCUUGCCUAAGCGUGGAGUUCCAUAUCCCUUCCCACAACCCCACAAGGAAAAGGUUAUUUUAGUUGCUGAGUGGUGGAAAUCAGACACUGAAACCGUUAUCAAUCAAGCUCUCAAAUCCGGAUUGGCACCUAAUGUCUCUGAUGCUCACACAAUAAACGGCCAGCCAGGGCCCGUAUCUAGUUGUUCUUCACAGGGGGGCUAUACAUUGCCUGUGGAAAACGGCAAAACCUACCUUCUUCGCUUGAUCAAUGCUGCACUCAAUGAAGAGCUUUUCUUCAAGAUAGCAGGGCACAAACUCACUGUGGUGGAAGUUGAUGCAACUUACGUAAAACCAUUCAAAACCGACACUGUUGUAAUUGCCCCAGGCCAAACCACUAAUGUCCUAGUUACUGCUGACCAAAAAGCUGGAAAGUACCUUGUUGCAGUCUCUUCUUUCAUGGACGCUCCAAUUGCAGUCGACAACGUGACGGCAACUGCCACAUUGCACUAUUCAGGCACGCUUGCUAGCACACCCACAACUCUCACGAAGCCUCCUCCACAAAAUGCCACCGCAGUUGCCAAUAGAGUUUGGUUCAUGCACUGUCACUUGGAAGUGCAUACAACAUGGGGACUGAAGAUGGCAUUCUUGGUUGACAACGGCAAAGACCCAGAUCAGUCACUUCUACCACCUCCAAGCGAUCUUCCAAACUGUUAAAGCACUCAAAGCAAUUUAUAGAAAAUACAGAGAGUUUCCAGGACGAGUAAUGAGAUUAUGAGAUAUACAGAAGAAGUUUACAAGAGAGAGCUAAUGACAAAGCGAUGUACCGGAUUCAAUAUUAUUUCUUGAGAAAAAUUGCAAAUUAAGUUUACUCAAGCAUUUUUGAAUAAAUAAUUGUACGAAACUUUGUUAAAGAAAUUUACA